CUCACUGAGGGUGUUGUCCUCUGUCUUUCCCCACCGACCGGUGGCGGGCGGACGCAAGUCGACUGAUCAACACGCGGGCAACCGUAGCCGCCGCCGUCGCGUAAUCGUAAUAUUUGACAACUACGCGAGUCCAAAGCCUACUAGUUAACUACGAGCGCUCGCGGUUACCGCUCAGUCUUUCUCCGACAGUGCAUAAGUUUAGACGCGAAAUAUAAACAGUGAACAAAACACUUUUGUUGUGUUUCAUAUUGUUGACAUCCUUAUCUGUUUUUGAAAAAGUGUUAAUUUUUUAUAUUAAUUAUCCAUAAUAUUGGUUUUGAAGAAAAAUUCCUUCAUUUACGUCAGCGAAUAUAGUUGAUGUUCUAAAACAACAUAUAAUGGUUGCCGAAUUCGUGGGCCGCGGUCAGAGUGGUUCUCCUGUAAAUGGUGAAAUUCCACAUCUCAACUCCAAUUUACCCGCCACACAUUCACGCGAUAUGUUGUCCAACCCUUCGCCAAACAGUGACGAGUAUAAUCCAAACUACAACAUGAACUCAGUCAAACACAAAGAGUUGUUUUCCCAAAGGAAGCAACGCGAAUUCACUCCUGAUAAUAAAAAAGAUGACAGUUAUUGGGAUAGAAGAAGGCGCAACAACGAAGCAGCUAAAAGGUCCAGAGAAAAGAGAAGAUUUAACGAUAUGGUUUUAGAACAGCGUGUUGUAGAGCUCACAAAGGAAAAUGCCAUUCUUAAAGCACAGUUAGAAGCAAUCAAGGAAGAGUACGGGAUCUGUGGCGAAAACGUUGUUUGCGUUGAAAAAGUUUUAGCGAAUCUACCAUCUAGCGAACAAGUCCUGAGCAUAUCUAAAAGACAAAAAAUUGCCCAUCCAACCACACCAAUGUUAUUCGGUGCACAAAGUCCUAUUCCAACACCUGUCAUUCACCAACCCGUGAUGGGAUCUCCUCCACCACAACAAAUGCAACACUCUCUCAACGUCCUUCACCCACCACCUUCUGCUCAUCUGGAACCAGCUUACAGAGAACCAGAUUACCACCAUCCCCACUACCAAUUUUCUUACACAGGAAUUCAUUACGAUUCCAACAAUGCUUUGAAUCUCUCCCGAUCCAGAUCCAGGUCUAGAGUACAGUCGCCUUUCGAAGUUUCGAGUAACUCUGGCGACGAGGGUACCCCAAUUGCCUUGACUACCACAGAAGCCAACAACAGUUUACCUCUGAAACUCAGACAUAAGUCACAUCUUGGCGACAAAGAUGCUGCUAGUGCUUUGUUAUCCUUACAAAAUAUCAAACAAGAACCUGGACCCCGUGCUAGUCCUCCAUGGGAUGGAGAAGGAUCAAGCGACGAACGAGAUUCCGGCAUUUCACUUGGAGCUGAGUGGUCUGCUGCUGCCACAGCCGCUGCUACUUUACAAACCCUCAAACAGUCCCAAAUAAAUAUGCAAGAUUGUCCAGACGGGGACACCAGCGCAAAGCACAGACUGCACUCAGAGAUCGUCAGACUUUCAAGCGAGGUUGAGCAUCUUAAGUCAAUGAUGACCAGAAAGGAGAAGUAGGAGGUGUCAUUAUUAGUUUAUGAAGUGAUGUGAUGAAGUGGUUACCAAAAAUACCACUGAUUUUGUGAUGAUUCUCAAAAGAGAUUGGACAUAUCAUGCUCCAAAGGAGCAUAAUUUAUUUUAUUUUUAGUUAUUUAUUUAUUAGUUAAGAUUUGAUUGAAUUGAGGAUAUUUCAAGUUGCACAAGUACCGCUUUCUUUUGCCAAUAUAUUCCUAUGAAUUUGUUCAUUAUUGGCGCUUUAUAAUAUUGUUACUCUUAAAAUGUAACUACUAUGUAUUCUAUUCCAUCCCAUCUAUCAUCACACCUGAUUUCACUUGGUCAUUUUCUCAUAGGGAUAUACGUACCUUUUUACUAUUAGCUGAAAAUAUGUGUGAUUUUUGUAAACUAUUUAUCAAUAUAUGUAAAAAUGUAUGUACUUUGUUAUUUACCAUUCUCUAGCGGUUAAUAUUACGUUAUGUUAUCUCAUUAUUGUAUAUUUAUAAAAAUAUCUAUUAUAAGACUAGCUGGACUGUACCUCAAAUGUGUAGUAGCAACAUGUUAUUAAUCAUUCAUAUAUUAUGUAUAAAUAAAUGUGAAACCCAUCAAUUGUCCAGCAUUAAACAUAACUACGACUACGCAUAUUAGAAAGAAAAUAUCCAUAUUUUCAUAUUACCGUUUGAUGUAUCCUAUUAAUUAUGUAUUAAAUAAAUAUUUGCAUCGUUUUC